AUGAACGUACCCUCCUCACAGACCAGGAAGUUGUGGCACUCAGAAGAGAAAUACAAGUCUAACCCAUGGACAGCCAACACCUCAGCUGUGAAGAAAGGAGCCUGGGUCUUCAUUGAGCAGUACCACACCUGCCUGGGCAAUGACUGCCACAUCAACAAGUGGGUGUGUGGGGAGAUCGCACUCAUCCUCACCAAGAAACUCUACCGCAAGAUAGCAGGGUCUGUCACAGCCCUGAUGGGGUGGAUUCAGGAGGAGGAGAGAGAAAGGAGAGAGAAUUUUGUUCCUGAGGUCUCAGUUCUGGAUACGGAGACCAUUGAUCCUGAUCCUGACAAUAAUGCAAUGCUGAAGCUUUUGGACCUUGGCAGUCUGUCCAACCUGCAAAUCACUCAGUCUACAGCUGGGAUGAAUUUUAAAAUGGCACAUGGAGCCAUUUGA